CUGGAACUCAAUACUUCUGGGUUGAACUUUUCUUUCAGUAUUGAUGACAACAUCAGAGAGUCACAAUGGAUAAGGCAAGAAUCCUACUCGUCGGCUGCGGGGGAAUUGGCUGUAUAGCAGCCCUCAACCUCGAGUUCGGAGGCCGGGCUGAGGUUACAGCUGUGCUGCGCUCAAGCUAUCAAAUAGUCAAAGAGCGAGGAUUCACCAUCAAUUCUGUAGAUCAUGGUCAAAUUCGUGGCUUUAGGCCAACUGAGAUCCUACCAUCUAUUCCUGAUGUCUCCAAGUCCGGCAUCUCACCCUUUGACUACGUUGUCUGUGCCACCAAGAAUAUACCAGUUAUCUCUACUCCGGUGGCUGAUAUUAUACGCCCUGCCGUUACUCCCGGAUACACCACCAUCUUGCUCCUUCAGAAUGGACUUAACAUUCAAGUUCCUGUCCAAGAGGCAUUUCCGGAUAAUGUCAUUCUCUCUGGUAUCAGUAUGUGUGGCUCCUCAGAGCCCAAAUCUGGCACCAUCGAACACAAUCUGCACGAUGAGCUGCGUAUUGGCCCCUUUGAAGACUUUGGCAACGCUGCUGAGCGAGCAAAGGAUCUUGUAGCACGCUUCAAUGCUGGAGGACGCUGCACUUGCCACUACGAUGAUAACGUCACCUUCUCUCGAUGGAAGAAGCUCCUCUAUAAUGCUGUUUACAAUCCAGUUGGUGCUCUGACAAGACUAGACACUGGUGAUAUGCAGCUUUGUCCUGGCCUCGUCGACGAGGUUAUACGGCCUGGCAUGAAAGAAAUACAAGCCGCAGCUGCAGCUUAUGGACAGGAGCUUACAGAUGAGAUGAUAGAAGCAACGAUUGUGACCGAACCUAUUGAUGCUCAUGUAUCACCGAGUAUGUUGAUAGAUGUUAGAAAGGAACAAUACAUUGAGGUUGAAAACCUCCUUGGUGAACCACUUAGAGCUGCCCAGGCACGUCAAGUACCAACUCCGAUUCUUCAGAACCACUACUCUCUAGCAAGUAGCUAUCAGUGGAAACUUCACAGCAAGAAGAUUAUCUCGGAGAUGAAAUGACGUAGAAUAUUCAUCAGUAGUUCGAAAUGAGAAGUUUUCUUGGAGCUGGUCAGAAGGAUAGCUCUGGUGUGAGUCCGACUCGUGUCAGCUUUUAAGAACCUGGCACUUCCUAAGACACCGAAUCAAACUAUUCUAGUAACUAGUAUCCUCUACAAAGACUGUCGUACCUCAGUCACUAGCCGUCACAUCGUU